AUGAUAGCUCAUACAAAUAAAUUAACUUUUUUUAUUAUAAUUUUUUCAUUUUCCCUAUUAAUAUGGAUAUUCCAGGAUGCUUAUGCGGCAGAUGUCUCUACAGAAUCAGUGAAUAAUAAAAAAUAUCAUAAUCAUAAGUUUGAUUUAGGUAUGAGAAGAUUUUUUCUGGGACCAAUGUAUUAUGAAGGUGAUGAUUCCAUACCCAAACAUUAUAAAAAAUAUUGCUUUUCCCAAUUUUUAAGAUGUUAUGAUACAUCCAAAUAUAAGGAUAUCAUUAUAGAUUCUUAUAAUCCAAAUGUAUCUAAUGCAGCUAUUGUCAAAUUAUAUAAUGAAUUAAAAGAAGAAGCAGAGAAAUAUGAUGGAUACAAACCAAGAGCAAUAGAAAUAGUUAAAUAUAUAAAUGAUCUUUUAUAUUAUUUAAAAUUGAAAUAUAAAAAGAGAGUUGAAACAGCAUCACCUCCUAAAAAGGAAAAAUACAAAAAACUUUUACAAAUUGUAUCUAGCCCAAAAAUUAAAAAUUUGCUUAGACUUACUAUUCCAAGAUUAGCAGAAUCAUACUAUAUAUUUUCGUAUAUCACAAACAUAGAUCAUUCAAUAGAUGAAGUAAUUUUAUCUGACUUAAUAGAACAAGCAAACUCUAUUUUAUCUUUACAUAAUAAAAAUUGA